AUGGAUGACCUUUAUCCAUUUUCUUCUUUACAACAAAUCAACGAGCUGGUGUUUCAGAUCCCAUCUAUUCUCGGCCAACAAGACACAACCCAACAAGAUCUUGUUAUAAAUCAAGCUUCACUAGAGGGCAGUAAUCUCACCACAGGCAGCCUACGAAAAAAGAGCCAGAAAUUUCCAGCCAUUCAAGAAAAUGACAGAAGUGCCGAUGAUUAUAAAGAGAAAAAACUCAUACACAGAGAUAUCGAACGAAAACGAAGGCAAGACAUGGCAAAUCUUUAUGCUGCUCUUCGUUCAGAACUCCCUCUUGAGUAUAUCAAGGGAAAGCGUUCAUUAUGUGAUCACACGGAUGUGGCUGUGAAUUAUAUACAAAAGCUGCAGCACAAAAUAGAAGAAUUGGGCAUCAAGAGAGACAAGUUGAAGAAGUUCCCCAAUUCAAGUUCCGUUGGCCCCGAAAACGAGAGCUCAAGUAGUUCUAUGCGUAAUAUCGUUAAGAUUGUGGACAAUGGAGUCAUAUAUGGGCAGAUGACAAGGAACUGCUCAUUUGAUGAUUCUUUCAUUUGUAAGUAG